AUGCUCCUUUCCUCGCACCACAGGGAGCAGGAAGACACACCCCUGGCCCCGCGCUCGCCCCACGGGCGUGGAUCCUCCAUCCGGAGGGUCCCCGCGGAGCCUCCCCGGCCCCUCUGCGCCAGCGAGCUCCGCAGGGCCGCAAACCCGCGUCCCCCGGCGGCCCGGCGCGGCGGGGCCGGCGGGCAGCCGCGGGGCGGCGUGAGGGCCGCGUCCCCAGGCGGACCCCGGCCGCCCACAGGCCGCCGUGCCACCACGGACGGCUCCGCGGGCUUCCGGGAGCGGGUGCCGGCGCCAGCCCGACCUCCACGGCCCCGGCGGCCGGAGGGAGAGGCCCCCGCCCCUCCCGUCCGCGUCCGCAGGGUCCCCUCCGCGCCCCGGGUCCCGGGCACGAGGAGGAGGCCCCUCCGGGCUUCCGUCCGCCCGGCCAGCGCCCCCAGAGCCCGGCGUCCUCCACAGCGGACGGGCAAGGGGCGGGAGCCCACCGCCCUGCGGCCCCGAGCGCAGCGGCGCCGGCGAGCUCGUCCAGCGGCUCGGCCCGGCCGCGGCCCACCGCCCACCGCCCACCCGCCGAGCCCGCCCGCCCGGGCCAGGCAGCGCCCGCUCGCGCCCGCUCCUCACCUGCGACGCACCCCGGCCCCAGUGCACCGCCGGGACCGGCUGUGUACACCGGAAGUGACGUCGCCUGGCCGGCCCCGCCCCCGCCCCAGGCGGACGCCGGGGUGGCCACGGAGCGACCGGCUCGGAGCGGGAGCCGAGCUGCGUGAGGCGGGGGAGGCCUGA